UUUAUAUUACUUUUAAUGAUUUGGUGGGAACAGGACAGCCAGGACCACAAGAUCGUUCUGUACGAGAACCCCAGCUUCACCGGGAAGAAGAUCGAGAUCAUUGACGACGACGUUCCCAGCUUCCACGCCCACGGGUACCAGGAGAAGGUCUCCUCUGUGCGCGUGCAGAGCGGAACCUGGGUGGGCUACCAGUACCCGGGCUACCGUGGAUACCAGUACCUGUUUGAGAAGGGCGACUACAAGGACUCGGCCGACUUCGGGGCACAGCAGCCACAGGUCCAGUCCGUGCGCCGCAUCCGCGACAUGCAGUGGCACCAGCGCGGGGCCUUCCACCCCGCCUCCUAAGCACCACCACCACCGCUACCAUGUCAACCGCGGAUACGGGGAGCCGGAGGAACACGUCAAGGAGGAACGACACUCAACCCGACAACCACCACCAACGACCACCAUAUGUCAUUAUUAUUAUUAUUAUUAUUAUAUGAUUUGACAUAAAUAAUAAUAAUAAUAAUAAUAUAUUAUAACUCUCGGAUUAGAUAGCGCUGACCCCGUUGAGCUGCUACGACUAUUUACGACAAAGAAAGAAAGAAAGAAAGAAGAAGAAAAGUGGAAAUAAUAAAUAAUAAUAAAUAAUAAAAGUAAACAGCUUUCAA